AUGUCUUUACGCUCUGCAGCCACUAUAUCCAUCGUUGGCAUAACUUGCAAAGCUUUCCUCAACUCUGGGCUAUGUAAAUUAUCUGUCAAUGGCCUCCAGAAUCUUGUUCAAGCACUAGAAAACGCGCACCGGGAGCAUGACCGAGGAGUAGUUACUAUAUCGAACCACAUUUCUACACUGGAUGACCCGGUUACCUGGGGCAUACUUCCCGUGACAUAUUAUCUUCGCAGCUCGCGCUUCACCCGCUGGACACUCGGUGCCUCAGAUAUCAUGUUCACGAACUCGGUGUUUUCUACCUUUUUCCGAUAUGGACAAGUCUUCGAAACUUUCCGUGGCAAGGGAAUAUAUCAACCAGCCGUGGACAAUGCAAUAGAAAAGCUAGAUCAAGGUUGCUGGGUCCAUCUCUUUGGAGAAGGAAAUGUGAAUCAACCUGACACGUACCAAAAGGACGAAAACGGAUUUGCAGUUCUGCCGCGGUUCAAAUGGGGAAUAGGUCGCAUCUUAUCCUCUACUGCCCGCAGUCCCAUAGUCAUCCCAAUGUGGAUAACUGGUUUCGACAAGCUCAUGCCAGAGGGUCGAUCCUUUCCCUUCAAGUAUUUCCCUCGUAUCGGCGCUCGCCUGAGCAUCACUUUUGGCGAGCCCCUUCCCCUUGACCAGAUCCGCUCAACACAGGUCCGUGUCUCGUCCGACAGGCACCCAGAGCAAACCCAAAUAGACUUCGAUGCCAGAAUGCGCACUGAAAUAACGACUGCCAUUCACAAAGCAAUAUUAACUUUGGGUAGAGGCGUAUCGGGACCAUUGCUAGCGGACCCAUCUUGUUAG